AUGGAUGGCCAUUCAAUCGAGCCGUGGGAGAGACUCCCAACCGACGAUCCCGGCGAUCGGGACGAGACGCGACCGCGCAAACGCCGUCGCAAAUACAUCGCCAAAGCUUGCAAUGAAUGCAAGCGUCGUAAAAUAAAAUGUAACGGGCAGUCACCCUGCCAGCGAUGUGGUCGCCAGCGCAUCGACUGUGUGUACGAAUCUCCGCCGCGACCAGAGAGCAGCACACAAAACCAUGAAACCCUCGACCGUCUGCUCAUCCAAAUGACAGCAAUGCAAGAACAAAUCACCACCCUCACCACCGCCGUCCACGCCUUGACGCAAAACACCCUCGUCUCACCGGCAACAGCACUGCCGCGGUCGGACGUAGCAUCUCAGCGACCCUUCCGGCGGCACUCCUCCAUUAAGGAAAAAGAGUCUGUCUUUCAAGGCCCUACCACUUCAGCGUACAGUCUGGAUCUAGCUAAAUCUAGCCUUCAGCGUCGCGGCAUCGUCGAGGAACAUCCCGAUGUCGCGGAUGCUGAGGACGGCGACGUUGACGGCGACGAGGGUGGUCUCACCCAGGCCGAUCGUUCUGCGAUGAUAGCAAUGCCUGUGCCUGCGUCGCCGCCACGCACGCGCCAUCAUCCCGCUGGUGAUCCACUAUGGACUAUCGGGAAGACUGAAGCGUUGCGGUUGUGUCGCGUGUACGAGGAGGAAAUGGGAGUCAUGUAUCCUGUGCUGGAGCUAUCGCAGCUUUUGCACCAGGUGGAGUUGUUGUAUGGGGCCGAGUCGUGGCCCCGGGUGCCCGUCGUUCAGGGCCCCGACGGUCCUGAACAGCUGGACAGGACGGAUGUGCAUAUCCUGCGCCUGGUAUUUGCCUGUGCGCUUACGGCUGAGGCAGCGGGGAGCAGUGCCCUGGCGAUGAGUUUGUUCGAGAGUGUCCGAGAAGUGGCGGAUAACUUCGUUUGGGGAGCGGCGGGGAUCAAGAAUAUCAUCUUUUUGACGUUGGUGGCCAUCUUCUACUUCCAAAUCGACGAAGAAACCCUCGCCUGGCGCACCAUCGGCAUCGUCGAACGCAUGUGUCUCGAACGAGGCCUUCACCGCCGCGAAACCCUCAGCCAGCCAUCCAUCAUCAAAGCAGGCAAAGACCGCGUCCUCCGACUCUUCUGGUCCAUUUACAUUCUCGAUAUUCGCUGGAGCUUCGGCACCGGCAUGCCAUUUUCCCUCGAAGACAGCGACAUUGACCCGUGGUUACCUGAACCGGAGGAAAAGACGCCCUACCUGUGUGUCAUGAUUCGGUAUAGUCGGAUCGCGGCGAAAGUGUGGAAGUUUAUUUCCGCCUUCAACAACACGAACGAGAUUAAGAAAGAGGAGAUGAAUUACCUCGAUUGGCAAGUCCAGCGAUGGGCGGGUGAUAUUCCUCCCGUGUUGAGGAUCGAGUCGCAUCAGGGUCAUAAGGACGAGGAGGAACCACGGAGCCUGCGUCGCUUACGGUCCCUGCUGUAUUUGAGGGCGAAUCAAUUGCGUAUGCUGAUCCAUCGACCUGUGCUGCACUCGGCGGCACAUAUCGCCAAGUACCCUGCGGAGUCGCAGACUGUGGUGGAGUUGGCGAAGGAGUCUAUCCGAUUCAUCACCAAUCUAAACGAGACAACAGAUAUCUAUCGCUUGCAGCAGGUGACUUUUAAUUGGUUUCUGGUGUCUGCUGUCGCGGUGGUGUUUCUAGCUGUCACGCAGGCACCGACUCAGUUCAGUACCACGUGCAAGGAUGAGUUUUACACGGCCCUGGAGCUGAUCAAGGGCUUCUCGACCAGAUCUUACAUCUCGCUGCGGCUGUGGAAGUCCAUUCGAAGCUUGAGGAAGCUGGGCCCACAACUGAUGCAUCGGCCGGUGCAGAGUCAGCCGGAGCCGGAGUGGAGAGGCGUCGCAGUGCCAGCGGAGAGAGGGGAUCUGGGCAACGUGGUGGAAGUCGCACCCAGCCAGUCAACAGGCACGCAGGAGCAGUCACCGCUGGACGGGGCGCAAAUGACGCGCGAGCUCAUGGAAUGGUUCGAAGCGGUGGGGAAUCUGGAGACGCAGAUUAUGGGCAUGGCGCCCGAGGGAUUUGAUGCCGGGUGGCAGCGGUAUGAUUACGGGGAG